AACACGAGAGCAAACUACUUCCUGAAGGACGCUACUUCCUGAUGCUUGCUGGGAUUGACCCUUAGAUUAUCUUUUCAAUAAACAACCCAAAACCAUAACCUUUCCUCAACUCGGGCACAAACUCGCCAUAACUAAAAAUCGGCCUGUGCGCUUUGUGUGUUUUUCUCCAAACAAAAAAGAGCCGGAACAGUCACGUGACCGCCCUCCGUAGUUCAAGAUGGAGACUGAGCUUCACUGUUAGCUAGUUUACUAUAAUCAUCACAACAUGGCAAAAACGACGGAUUAAUGAACGUUUCAACGCUAACAGCAAGAGUUUUAACCUAACAUGAGAUGCGCAUUUGGCAGCUUUCGACCACGACGAAGUGAAGUUAUUUGUAAACACACACGACCUGAAGAUUUUUCUAAAUUAAAGAAAUAGACCAGAGGGGGAAACUGCCAAUGGUCAUCAUUAGAAAAACAUUUUGAGGUAGAGGGGAUCGAAAUGGCGCUGAGAGAGUUAAAAGUCUGUCUCCUGGGGGACACCGGCGUUGGGAAGUCGAGUAUUGUUUGGAGAUUUGUGGAAGACAGCUUUGACCCAAACAUCAACCCAACAAUUGGGGCAUCCUUCAUGACCAAGACAGUGCAAUACCAAAACGAGCUGCACAAGUUCCUGAUCUGGGACACGGCAGGACAAGAGCGGUUUCGUGCCCUGGCACCAAUGUACUACAGAGGGUCUGCGGCAGCCAUCAUUGUUUAUGACAUCACAAAAGAGGAAUCCUUCACAACACUAAAGAACUGGGUGAAGGAGCUGCGCCAGCAUGGACCUCCUAAUAUAGUGGUCGCCAUUGCUGGCAACAAAUGUGACCUGUCAGAUGCCAGGGAAGUGCCAGAGAAAGAUGCCAAGGACUACGCCGACUCUAUCCAUGCCAUCUUUGUAGAAACCAGUGCCAAGAAUGCCAUUAACAUCAACGAGGUGUUUAUAGAGAUAAUGUGUUUUGUUUUCUCAAAGGUAAGCGCAUCCCCGUUGCUGACGCAGCAGGAGGAACUUCAGGAAAAGCUUUCAAACUGGGACGUCAGGCCUCAGAAUCUCGCAGGACUUGCUGCUGAUGAUGCCGGUGACUGUCCCCACGUGACGUUUGACCUGACCUUUGCUCUCUCUCUGUGUCCCCGGCGUGCUUCAGCUUACAGCCACCACACACUCAAACAACCUGCCUGAUAUGGCCCUAUAGCAGUACCAAUCUAAUGACAGAAGCAAAUGCACUUUUGCACCAGUCAACAACAAUAGAAAUAAUCAUAUUUACCGCUAAAUAUUGCUCGCAGUAGAAGUAUUUCAAGUUUGCAUUAAAACAUUGAUUUGCAAAUGAAAGACCAACAUACACAGGACUUCUCAAAUGGAUAUCAACCUCUGUUUGGUGUAUUAUAGCCCUGCGUUUAUUAGAGGAAGUGAACAUCUACAUAUUCAUGAAUUCAGAGAUCAUUUGUUCUUGUACAUUUGUAAAACACCUUUUCUCUUUUAACCAAAACAUAGACUCACAACUUUAAAUUUCACCAAAUUAUUUUAAUAGCACUGAAGUUAUUGCCUUUUUUUUUGGGCCUUUUUUUUUCAUUCUUAACUUUGUGAAGGAACCAUCUUUAUAGUUAACGUGUUAUCAAUACUUUAUCACAACAGUUUGGAGAAACAAGUUAUGGUAGUCAUCAGUCUUUAAUCAUAGGUUUUUUCUUAAAGGGUAUUUAGAUGGAUCUUGGUGAUUCAAGAAGGACAGCUUUUGCAAGCUAAAUAUAUGUUUUUUUGUGUGAGUGCUGUUUUAAUCAAGACGUUUUUCAAGGCCAAAUACCAAAUGGGUGCUUUGAUGUAAAAUGUAGAAAUGAAAGGAUUGUGGGAGCCUAAUUUCUUUGUUUAGAGGGAAUAGUUUGCCAUUUUUGGAAAUAUCUCUUUUAUCCUUGCCUUGGGUGAGAUGAGAAUUUUAAUUCCAUUCUCAUUUCAGUACUCUAAAUAGCAGCCGGUUAGUGUAGCUUUGCAUAAAGAUAAGGAGGAAACAGCUAGCCUGGCUCCAUCCAAAGGCAGCAAAAUCUGUCAACCAGUCCCUUUAAAGCUUACUAAUUACCACAUUUUAUCUGACAGAGCCAGGUGUUUAUCCUCCUGCUUUGUACUGUUCCGCUUGUCUAACACUCAGACAGAAAGGGAAAAAGCGUAUCCCCCAAAACCAACUAUUUCUUUAAUAAAGAACUUUGUUGUUUAGCUGACUCUGCCACAGUCCUCAAGAGUUCCAGCUGCUCACUUGUUCCCCACAUAUCAACUUGUUAUUACUUAAAAAGUAAUAACUGAAUCCUGUAUAUGCAGUUUCCUGUCGUGCACACAGUGUAGUUGUUUCACAAUAUCACUUUGUUUAAACUGGCGAGCAUGCUUGUCCUCAAUCCUUUGCUGCUACUUCUCAACAGUUUAACAUAUUUCUGUGAGGUCUUGCCAGAUUCUGUAAUUGUCCCAUAAACAUUUUUUAUCUUUCCUUUUUUUACACGUAAUCAGCAGACGCUCGUGCAUGCAGUGUUGUUUUACAACAUGGCCUGCGAUGAAAACAUAGAGAACUAUACCUCGUUUAGAGGAAACUCCGAUUUUUUUGCUUAAAUCUCCCCUCAGCAGAAGGUUGUAGGUGCAGAAUCAGACGUGGCACUGUGUCGACAUGCUGACCCCUUAAUGAACCUUAUUCUCCAUGCUGCUCUGAAUUACUGUAUGCGCUUUGUUCCAAGGUCUUUCUCCUGAUUUAUAUUUCUCCCAUCAUCCGUAGGUCCAGCUUUUGUUUUGUUACAAACAGAUGUGUUACACUAUACAAGAGCUUUCACAGAGCUCUAUUAUCCCAAUACUCUGUGAUCUUUAAUGCUAUGUUACAGAAGUUGACCUCCUAUUUUGGCCUAAUUGAACUUCAGUUGAAUCAUGAGCCCCCACAGACUUAUUAAUUCUGUGUCAUUUUAUGCCUGUCUUUAUCUCUUGAACCUCUCUAACCCCAAAACCGCUUUCUAAAGUUGCCAAAAAGCAAACAGGACUUAAUAAGACUGCCUUCGCACAUUUAUACAUUUGGAUUGUAUGCUCUUCUGUCAGCGCAAGCCUUUUUUUUCCAAAUGUAAUUGUUUUUGAUAAGUUGUAUGCUAAGCAGUGCUGCCUAUUUUCUAAGGAUUUUUCAAUGGAGUGCAAUAGUUGUUAUGAUGACAAGAUAAAAUGUGAUUUAAUCCAAGAAAAGAAAACAUUAACAGAGUGAUAAUGUUCACACCGAAGAGCAGAAAAUAUGUGAGCUCAUUCCAGCAGUGUAGAACAGAUGAUAAUGACUUUUAAUGCUGAUUUGAUGACAGUUUUGCUCAGACACAGUUGGUCAAAUGAGCAGUGUGAUGUUUUAAAACCAGAGUCGCAUUGUAGGUCAAAACUUAAACUUAAAGGGAAUGACUCUGGUGCUUUGAAAGCUGCACUUUGACUGACUUGCUAAGUCCCAUCUUACUUACUAUCAAUCAGUCUUCUGUUUUUUAUUUGUGUGAAAUCUCUUGAUGAAACAUUAUGUAACAAUGUCUGACGUCUUAACGAUCUCAAUGUUAUUUUAGUUUUUGACUGUUUGCACAGUUCUUAUUUCUGACUAGAACACAGUGCCAAAUAAUUUCAGCGCAAUUAUGCAUAAUUAUCCUUUCUUUUAAACUGUCAAUGUAAUAUUAUGAUUUAAAGUGCUUAUAACAUACAUGCUUAAAAUAUUUGAAGAUUCAUAAUGAAGUAUGUUUUCCCUUAUUUGUAAACAGGAGGCAUGGUAAGGAAAUGUGUGCUACUUUUGCAUUGAAAAAUACAAAUUGUCUUGGGCUGGCCCUGGGAAUGUGAUUAUUCUGUAUUAUGUAUAUUUUUCAGUGUAGAUAUAUUCCAUCUCAUUGCACAUAAAUCAACGUCUUUAUUCUAAGCCACUUCUGUGACCACAAUAUACUUUGUUUCUAGUAAUUCUAUCAGCAUUGUAGUUACCAUAUUUAGCGUUUUACUAUGUUUUGUAUUUGAUUGUAACAAAAUGCCUGAAAACACUUGUUUGCAGUGUAUUUCCAAAUCUGUAAAAAGGGAAUUGUCAAUUUGUUUACUAAUAAAAGAUUGACAAAAAUG